CACUAAACUAAAUUAGGAGUCUUAACAUAGGUGAGACUUGAGAAUUAGACUUCCAAACUUUAAAUUUUGCAUGGUUGUUUUUAUGAAUUUUGUCUAAUUUCAAUAAUACAUAAUUCUUAGUUCUUAAUUUUACUUUUUACUUUAGCAUUAAUACCAUUUCUUCAAACAAACAAAAAUGGAAGAAUUUAAAAAAGUUCCUCCAAUGGAACAACGUCAAUUAGUGACGUAUAUUAAUCAUUUUAUUACAUCCACUGUAACAUUCUUAAACGAUUUCAUGACACACUGUGAAGCCAAAAUGAUGAAAUCCGAACAACGCUUACAAAAAAUUUCAGCGUCUCUGUGUAUAUUAGAAACUAAGUUAAAUUCUGUUCCUGAACUUCAAGAACUCCAUCCACCUCAAAUUCAAACAAGUGAACCUCCUGGAAAUCAUUUAAAAGAUAAUUCAUAUAAUACUGAAAUAACCAAUGAACAUAAUAAAACUGAGACAACUGAUGGACUUAUUAGAACAGAAACAACUGAAAAACCUAGUAAAACUGAAGAAAAUAAUGUAUCAGAACCAACUGUUAUUAAUGAGAAUACUAAUGAGCCUACUGUGGAUCCAACGAUAUUAAAAUAUCGUAAAAUGAUUCAAUUUGGUGUGCCUAGAGGUGCUGUUGAAUUAAAAAUGGCCAAUGAAGGACUAGAUCCAAAACUAUUGUGAUAAAUUAGAUAUUUAUGUAUCAAUUAUUAUUUAUAAAUUUAUAAUUUCUUGUGUAGUGGUUUAUAAAACAAAACAUUAUGAAAAUCAUUUUAUUUUUUUACAUAAAUAUUAAAUUGUUACCACAUAAUAGAUAACUUAAUUGUAUUUACACCAUUUAAAAUACUUUAUUAAAAAAAAACUUGAAACCUGUAAGGUGUUGCAAUACCAUUUUUAUAUUAUCAAAGAUUUUUUACUUAAUAAUAAUGUUCAUAAUAUAUUUA